CCGCCGUCAACUGAAGCUCUCUUCGUGAUCACUUUUUUUUUGACCACGAGGCUUUGUCGGGAUUUCCUCCCCCACUGCAUAUUUUCUCCAAUUCUUGUGGUGUCUAUAAUGAUAUAAUUGUCCCGUCAAUGGCUCCUGUCCCGGAAGCCUAUUUUCCGUCCCUGGACAAGUGCUUCUCCGGGGACGUCCAGCUUCUGUCCUGGAGGAGAGCCUUCCUUUAUACGUGCAACCCCGAAGAUGACGUUGACGACGCGGGCAGUCUCCAUGCCUUUUUAUCGCAUCCAGAGAGCGUCAGUUUAUUAUCGAACUGCUUAAAUCCCUUCUCCGCCCCAUCGACGAAAACAAAGACGGAUUUCGAAUCGAAAACCGCCGCAAUCCACGCAGAGACUACUACCCAAGCUUCGUAUGAUUUGAAAGAAGUCAAGGCCGAUGCCUUGUGGCUGAGUCAAAAAGCUGGCAUCGACGAAAUCACGGCCCUACGAAUCGCGGUUUUAGAAUGGCAGAGUCGCCCAUCUGCGCGUCUUCUGGCCCGGUUCUCUGAUGAGGAGACCACCAGUGUCCAAAGUGCCACCGGCGCUGAUAAUUUUCGUGUGUCGCUAGCCGGCCCGAAUCUUACUGAAAUCCUCAGGCAGAAACCAGGUCGCGAGGACAACUCUAGCUUUGCUUCCGAAGAAAGCAGGCGUUUUCGACUGCGCAAUUUAUACCUUUCGGAAAGAAGCCAUGUUGUAAAAACAUCCCGCAAGCUUUUUGCUCUGUCUUUGCACGACAGUACCCAGGAUGAACCUCCGGUUUCCGAGAAAGAUGGAAGCGAUAGGAGACGUUCGCUGUGUAAGCUAGGAGAAGCCAUUUACAAAGACGAGUCAAGCGGGGAUUAUUGGCGCCAGUUUCUUCAAAAAUGCAUUGACGCUGUGCGCGAUCGGUUAUCUGCAUUGGAAGGAGAUGGUGGUUGGUUAGGGGCAGCCGAGUGCAGCGAGGAGCUGGAAGAUGUGUGGAGGACAAUUAUUACGGAGGAAAUAGUGCAUAUCCUGCAAAUCUUGUUCCUCGAGCUUCAAGCAUCUACAGAAAUCCCUACCGCGGAUCUUUUACUAUCAUGGCUUCGCCUCAUGGCCAACUAUAGCUUCCUGGAAUCCCUCCAAGUCCCAUGCCAAAACCCUAUGGAAGUAAUGCUACCUCUUCAGGCCCUUGUAUCUCUAACAACCCUCACCUUCUUGAAAUUGCCGCUUUCUAUACCUUUCAUUAUCAACAAAACCCCAUCAGAGCAAGAUACAUCUACUAAAACGCACUACUUCCUCUCGAAAAAUGACAUUUCCCAGCUCAAUGAUUUAUUCAUGACUGCCUGUGUGGACUUUAAAACUGCGCAUCCAGCAGCGUUUUCAUGGGGAUUAGUUCUGCACACCAUGAGAGAGCUAGCACUCAAUGAUAAAGAGACACGGGAGCUCGAACAAUUUCACAGUGCAGUCGAUUCGUUUCAGUCGAAUACCCCCCAUGCAAGCCCAGGCGGAGGCUCGGAACUUUCGUUAUAUGAAGAGUUGCUUGAAUGCGCUCGGACUCCCAGAUAUACCGCUGAUGAAACAAUCGCUCUCCUCACUUCGGACGCAAUGAAAGAGACGGUAUUCGAAACCGUCAUCGCGCUGGCUACCAAAGUUGGAGCGACAUCAGCAAUUGAUGAUCUCCUGACAAGCCAAUGGGUUCGCGUCGCACUCUUGGAUCUUGUUCGAGUAGCGAUUGUGUACCUGGACUAUUCCCCCGAGAUCGUGGAAUCAGUCCUAGCGAUUCUUACCGGACCACCCCCAGAAUCCGCAUGGUGCCCGGAUACCAUUUCAGCUUCCACUAAUGAUCCUAAAUGUAUCUUUAUGAAGGAUGCUCUUUUGAUGGACAAUAUAUUUCGCAUAGCACGCUCCCGGUUUCCAUACGAAACUGUUCCUUUCUUGAAACUCUGCCGGGCUCUCGUCAACAAAGAUCUAGUGAACUCGGAUGGCCUACCUGAAAUCCUCGGAGAACUCGAGAAUAUGAACACUUUCACUCAAAUUGUGCCGCCAGAGUUUCAAGGUUAUGAAACAGUCCGAGAAGACGAGAAUGCAAAUUUCGUCUCCCUCAUUCAAUCACUUCCAAUGUUCGAUUCUGCCCCCAGAAGACAAAUAGCCGAUCAUCCUGAAAGCAAUGCUUUGGUUGUCACUGGCUCUUCACAACUUCCACCUUCAACCAUUGGUCAAGUGGUAUCCGAGUCGAGGCCUGCAGUGGUGAUGUGGCACCACCAGUACUCUUUUCUGAGCUACCUUGGAAGUCUGCUUGAGGAAUGGAAUGAGGUUGGCGGAUACUCCUCGGGAUGGAAUGAUGAUUCUAUCGCGGAUAUCAUAGGGCUGCUAGCAGAUCUUCUGAUCGCUGCCAAAGAUGCACAAACAGAGGAUGACGCUAAUCUGGGCGCCAAGAAGAUUUUGGAGAUGGCGAGUGAUGGCCUAUCUCGCCAGAGUGACAUUGUCUCACUGAUAUUUGAGAUCUUUGAACGCAAUUUGCAGGGCAUUGGCCCUAGAGCUGGAUCAGAAAAAUUGUUAGAGUCUACAAUUGCUAGCUUGCGCUUUAUUCGCGGACUCGUGGCAAUUCUGCCUGGCAGAGUGUGGCCUUUACUCGCUCGAAGCAGCUUGCUUGGAUCUGACGGGAAAGGAGGCACGAUGACUGCGGUUGUUUCUUCAAUGGAAGUAACAUCGGGCGACUAUCCCUUCCUCCUCAGCUGCGUGGGCUUGUUUGAAACUGUUGUCAACGAUGCAGCCUCCCGUGCAUUGCUGAGGAAAAGUCCAAACAGCGUUGCAGGUCGAUCAGCAACAACCUCCGACUGGAGUGCUGGUCUUCCUUCCCACAUUAUGAGGAAUAUUCUUCUUAACUUCGUCCGUACAAUGGUUGAGAUUUACAAUAGCAACAUCAACUGGCGAUUCAACGCACCGGAACAGAGACUGAAGAUAAACACCGCCCUUGCUAAUACAUUUGAAAGAGUACUGUAUUACACGUAUGGUACAGAUGGCAUGACAAAAUUGGAAGCAAAGGUUACUGGUGUCUUUUCUGCAUCUGCAGCAUACCUUAUGGACGUGUUGCGGCCACAAUCAGUUGCCGAUCUGCCUUUCAAUCCGAUCCUCCGACUGAUUGUCGAUGGCCUUCAAACCCCACCCACUCUAUACCUUCGCUACAUGAUGCUCGUGGAGAACCAAGUGCAAUCGACUCUUGAGCUGUCAGUCAAAUUAAUACAAGCCGCCCAUCUUCGAGAAUACCCAGCCUCAGUGCUAGAAGAUCAACUAUUCAAGGCAACUCCAGUCCUUGUUAAAUUAUAUGCACUACAUGAUAGUUACCGACUAACAGUCAUUUCGCUGCUCAAUGUCCUCAUAUCAAGUGCUGCUUCGGAUCCUGUGAACGAGCCACCGUCUUUGGUUGGUCACUUGGGAGCAGACUCGUCUUGUCUCUUCCUCGAUGUAUUGUCGCAAUUUGACAAGCCACUAAGUGACCAACCACUUUUGCUUGCUGUGUGGCGAUUACUGUCAACAUUUGUCAGUAAACGUCAGCAAUGGCUUUCGGUCUAUCUUCUCACAGGAUCGUCUCCUCGAGAGUCAUUGAAGAAGCCUGAUGCUCAAAAGGCGCCGGCUAUGAGAGGUGCACCGUUCUUGCAGAUCGCACUUGAUAAACUCUCGAAUAUCGAACAGAUCGAUCUCCAAGAAGCUCUUUUAUUGCUCGAGUUCGUCUCUCAUGCCCAGGAGAAUUGGCCGUGGGCCACUCCCGAAUUGAGGAAACAUCCCCAUUUCUUUAACGGUCUCGUGAGUUAUGUCUCAAAAUUGAAGAUAGCCAGCUUGUCAGUUGUGAACCAAAUCUUCACCACAAGAAUAGCAGCGGUUGUUGCAGACAUCUGUGCGGUCUACUUGCAUUCCGCAAAAGAAAUGCAGGAUCGAACUUUUCUCAAGACACUCAUCCCACUUGUAUCUUGGUUCGCGAAAGAUGCCGUUGAAGUCUCGGGUUACAAUGCCUCGCUACACGCUAACUUGAAGAGAAACUUUGAGAGGAGAUACAACGGGUGCAAGCUCCUCGACUUCAAAAGAACGUCUUUAGAGACUCGCUCUCUGGGCUCUGAGUACUAUUACGAUAUUAAUUUGGGCAGAAAACUCCUUUCGUAUGAUUUUGCCUGGGCCGGAACGCGAAACCAAGGGUUUGCUCAAGAGUUUGAACGAGCAAAUCUUAACCUGUCUCUUGUUGAGGCACAAGUGAGUCUUCUUCAUAGCUGGAAAUUCUUCGCUAUUGAGCAUUGCGUGGACUUCAUGACCGACCGUGAAGUCCAAAAGUCCAUGGCGCUGGUUGUACGCAACUGCCUUGUCGCCAACACCAGAGAUGUCCCACAAGAGCCAAUCUUCGAGAGGAUCCAGCAGACUCGAGUGGAAUUUGCUCAGGCUCUGCUUCAACGACUUGUCGAGGUAGGGGCAAAAGGCGCGGAAGUUUUUGGUCUCCUUGCUGUGGUUUGGGAAGCAAUGCGCACUCGCCGUGCGACGUAUGAAGAUGCGCUGGUGAACGACGACACGGAAUACUAUCGGUCUCUACUCAAUGUGCUAUUCCUCGCUCUUCAGUUCCAUGUCGACGGUCCAUCUCGAACCGCGCCCGAGACUCUGACCAAGAAAGCAGAGAUCUCGUCUGACUUGACGCUCGUCGUUGAAAUCGUGAAGACAGUCGUGGCACAGGGUUUCAAAUCUCUGACGACUUACCUACAUGACCAGCCGCAAAAGUGCACACCAAAAGACUUUGCCAUCCUAACUGCAAUCCUGCAGACUUCACUGCAAGUUAAGAACGCAGAUCGGUUGUAUGAGCAUAUCGUAUUCCAUAUUGAGGAUAACGACACAGCUCGACAUGCUACAUCGUUGUUUUCAUGGGCCGAUCAACUGGCAGUGGCGGGUGAUCCAAUUUAUGGAGAUCUCAGUAUUGCGUUCCUAGUCAAGUUGUCGACCCUGCCGAUGCUGACAGAACAUCUGGCCGUCGAGGGGGUGCUGAUGAGGCUUUCGACAUGCCGUUUAACAAACAUCCUCCGCCAGCCAAAAGGAUUUGGUCCAUUCGACCCAGUGCCCAGACUAUAUACCAUCUGGACGGGCGGUAUUUUACCACUGUGCUUGAAUAUGCUCUAUAACGUUAUUCGAACCGCACCAGAAGUAGCAGCCUUCCUCAACCAGUUUGAGGGUCAGCUUACCCGGGCGGCCGAGGCGUUUGCUGCCGGUCGUACAACAGUCACAUCCACGCCUGCGGUCCGAAGGAUCUCCCUCAGCAUGGCGUCUGAAGCUUACUCGCUUUCCUUGAUUUGCUUCAUCCUCGACCGAUUCCGAGAAGCCGGAGCCAGCGUUGGGGUGGAUGCCCAGUCAAUCCAGGAGAUCAAGUGGGACAAGGUGCAAGUGAAGGAAGAUAUUGAAGAGCUCCUAGGGCGAAAACAGAGUCUUCGGACACGCAUUGUGGCGACAAGCGACAAGGAAGUGGAGAUGCUGAGACAGAAACCGGUCAACAGCGCAUCUGGGGCCGAGAACCGGCUGGAGGAGAAGAUCACGAAUGAACUGAAGGCGACACUGGUUUGUCUUGGGGGCGAGGAGGCGUAAUGAUUUUUUUCCUAUAGCAUUUUAGCCGUCGUUUGGGGUUUUUUGUGAUUCCGUUUCAUACCUUGAGGUAUUCAUCAUUAGCUAUUUCAUUUCAUGCUCUACGAAAUAUGGACGGUGGAGUGUAAAAUAUAUUGGAUAAAUAGCAUUUGCAUCUGUUUCUUUUUAAACAAACCUUCGAUAGUAUGUACUUUUUUUAUUUAGUUGGAUCUAUUGAUUCUAUAUCAGACAGGGGUUUAUUGUCUCGGGAUGCCGGACAGCACACAAGACUGACAUCUCACCAUGCAGUCAAUAGAUCAAAAAGAUGAUGGCAUUGCUGCUCCACACAUACAUCAUCAUCCCUACUUAUAGUAAGGAGACCAUUAUUUUGUCCGAGGUCAUCA